UUAUACAAUAUGGAUAGAUAUGCUAAUUACCUAAUAGGGAAUAUACCUAGUGAUUAAAAAAUCCAAUUUAAAUUACUUUGGAAAUGUUAAAUUAAUUUUAAAUUUGUUUUAAUUACUUGAAAGAUUUCAAAAAGAAAAUUAUAUAGUUCAAUAGAUAACAUGAUUAUUUGAAAAUAUAAAUUAUGCAGGAAUUUUUUUUUCAGUCAAAUAUAUUCAGAGUCGAUUUCAAGUCACCGGUUACAGUGUUGCUUUAGUAUAGACAUAUUAAUAGAACCAAACCCACACUCUCAAACUCUUCCUAUAGUGUCUUGAGUUUUAAACUUUCAAUAUACAUCUACUGCAGUAUUGUGCCGACAAACGACAAGUUAUAAGGAGUUCUAUUAUAUUUUCGAAUUUUUUCAAUACUAUAUAUUUACCUCAAGUUUUAUAAACUCAAUGUUAGUACUUAUGCUUAUCACUGUAAAUACAUUUUUAUGACAUGCAUAAUCUGCAAUCAGCUCAUUUUUUUCUGUUGCUGCAGUUUGAUUCACUAGCCACGUAAAAAUUUAAAAAAAAAGAAAGAAACAAAUGCAUAACUGCAAAAAAAUGGAUUUCAAAUCUAUGUCAAGAAAAAGUUGUUUAUUCCGACAAAAGUCGUAUCUUUUAUCGGCUCUCUUGACAUUAACAAUGUUAUCAAUUGUAAUAUUCUGCAUUUACAUUUCGAAAAUAGAGUCAAACACAAAAAAUUUUAAUGAUGAUGUUCCAAAUGAAGUACAACAAAAUGUACUUAGUAAAUAUUACAACUUUUCAAAUGGUAAAAAGUGGUUCAAUAGUGAAAUUAUUUCUCAGAUAAGUAAAGAACUAGUCCGAGAAGUUGGAGAGAAUUGGAUAAUUGAAAAACCUAAUCACACUAAUCAGAAUUAUUCGCUUAAAUUUCCAGAGGUGAAAGAUCCUUCAAUGGGUCAAGCUGAAGUAAUAAGAGAAAUUUUCAAUUAUGCUAAAAAUGGAUUUUUUAUCGAAUGCGGAGCUUACGAUGGGGAAACUCGUAGCAAUACUUUGAAUCUUGAACGUUAUUAUGGAUGGACCGGAAUUUUGAUAGAGGCAGAUCCGAUAAAUUUUGCAAAGAUGACUUUAAAAAAUCGAAACGCGUAUUUAUCGCCCACUUGUCUUAGUAUCACUAGUUAUCCAACAAUUUCAUCGUUUUUAAUGGCUGAUAACAUUGGACGACUUCACGAAAUUGAAGAUAAUUUAGAACUUACAAAUAGUCCGGAUAUUGCUCAUAAGGGAAAACAUAUAAAUGUUCAAUGUUUUCCAUUGGUUACUUAUAUUCUUGCACUAAAUCGAACGAGCAUUGAUUAUUUUAGUCUCGAUAUUGAAGGCAAUGAACUUCAAGUACUUGAAACUAUUCCAUUUCACUUGGUAGAUAUUAAGGCGCUGUCUGUGGAAUACAUUCACAACAAAGAAAGUAAAGAAUAUAUGAUUGAUCUGAUGAAGGGAAACGGUUAUUACGUUUACAGUUAUGUUGAACACGAUAACAAUCUAGCAAACGACAUUAUUUUCGUUAAAGAAACUUUUAUGUCCUCAACAAAGAUAAAAUCCAAUUUACUCUUGAAUUUGACGUAAAUUGUGAAAUGUUUUUUAUUUUUCAUUAGUUUGAAAAAAUUGUUUCCAAUUUUACAAAAAAAGAUCUGUGAUUUCCGCUAAAAUUAAAAUGUAUGUGACAGAAUUGUAAAUAUUUUUGAGUUUAAAGAUUAUUAUUUAAUUUAUUUUAUUAAUAAAUUUAUAUUAUAUUGAAUUAACAAUCGUAAUUAAUAGAUUUUGUAAAUAAAUCAUGACAAUAGCGUAGUUUGCAGUAAAUGUUUGAAAAAAAUGGUACUUUGAUCAUUUACAACGAAAUUCGAAACUCGGUAUCAAUAGAAUGAUCUCAUUUUUCAAUAAUGUUAACUUUGAAACAACUUUAUUGCUUUAUAAAUAAAUGAGCAAUACAUUCUCUUUGCCAUUCAUUAAAA